AUGUUCAGAUACUUGAACAGUCUCACUAGCGAUUUACUGGCGCUGGACGAACACAACAGAAUCCAGCUGGCAGAUGCGGACAAAUUCCGGAUCGCGAAUGAAUUGGUUUUUACAGAAAUCGACCGCGUUUGGGGACUGGUCUGUGCAGAGGUACCAACGACACCACCGAUCACGAUGGAAGAAAAGGUCCCGAUUCCAACACAGCCCGGAUGCAAAUUUAUUGGACGCAUUCUCGGGCCACGUGGAAUGACCGUGAAACAGCUCGAAACACGGACUGGAUGCCGCAUAUCGAUUCGUGGCAAGGGCUCCGUCAAAGAUCCACAGCGAGAAGAACGUCUUCGGAAUCGUCCUGGAUGGGAGCAUCUCAUGGAGCCGCUGCACGUACUAAUUACUGCCACCGAUUAUUCGCGCGAGCAUUGUGGCCAUAAGCUUGCGUGCGGCGUACGUUCCAUCAAGGCCUUGCUUACCAACACGGACGACGAAUUCAAGCGGCAUCAGCUUGUGCAACUGGCCAUCAUAAAUGGUACCUACCGCCCGUCAGGAAGAUAA